CUUCUGUUAGAAGAUUUGGAUCCAGACGUGCAGCAAACCCUCGACAGUGACUCUGACAGUGGCCAGGGCAGCUGUGAAGCAGCCUCUCCAGGUGGCAUCAGCAAGGGGAUGGCAGCUCUUGAGGACAGAGAUUCAGAGGAAGAGUUUUUUGUACGUAAAAAAGCAAAAAGCAAGAAGAUUCUUCAGGACAGUGAGAGUGAAGAUGGAGAAGAUGGUGACUCUUUUGUGCAGGGUGAUGGUCUGGGUGAAGACAAGGAAAAUGAAGAGGAGAAAGGGAAUGGGAUUGUCCAGAGGAACAAAAAGUCUCAUUGGAUUCGUCAGGGUCUGCCAGACAGUGAGGACAGUGACAGUGGUGACCAACUGCAGGGUGAAAAGCUUGAAGCAAGCAGAAGGCCUGGCCUGCCUGACAAUGAAUUGGAAGAGGAGAAACCCCUAAAAUCUGGGAAAAAGUACAGAAAGCACAAACAACAUAAACAGGAUUCUGAACAAGAGACAGAAGAAAAAGCUGGAGGAAAAUCAAGAAGAAGAAAGGAGAAGGAGAAGAGAAUGGAGACCCUCAAACAGCUGAAAAAAGAAAAGAAGCCUCGAGCAAAGGGGCAGCAGGUGGAUGGUGGGGAGCAGUAUCCUUUUAAUGACAGUGGAUGUCUUCUGGAUGACAAAGAACUGUUUGAUAAUGGCCUAGAAGAAGAAGAUGGUUGUGGCCCAGAGGAUGAAGAGUCGAUAGAAUCGAUACGAGCCUCGGUGAAAAACAAAAUUAAAAAACACAAGACCAAAGAACAGUUUGAGAGUGAAGGCUACAAACAUGUCUUUGAGGAGGAGGAGGAGGAGCCUGUACUAAAAGAACCAAAAAGGAAGGAGAGGAAAGCAGCAAGGUUAAGUAAAGAAGCCAUUAAACAACUACACAGUGAGAGCCAAAGACUUAUUAGAGAGUCAUCUGUGUCUCUCCCAUAUCAUGUGCCUGAGGCCAAGAGCAUUCAUGACUUCUUUAAGAGGAGACCUCGACCAGUAUGCCAAGGAAGUGCCAUGGCACUGCUGAAGUCCACUAAAUACCAGCUUCCCCUAACUGAAGAAUCUGCAGACCCCAAGAACUUGAGCACGGGUUGCAAGGAUGGGCAAACAGAAGGUGAUCAAUCAGCAGCUAAUGAACCAGAACCAAGCCUUGGCAGAGACAUUGAUGCUGCUGUGAACAAGCCUCUUGCUGAUGUAGAGAAGAACUUGUCAGAAGAAGGUGCUGAUUAGCUGAGGCAGGACAGUGAUGAUUCUCAUACAGCUGGGACUGGAACUACUGGUGAUACAGAACAGCAGCACUCCAACUUCCUAAGCACUGAACAAAAAGAGAAUGACAUUUCUCUGGCAGUUGGAGGAGAUGCCCUUGAGCAAAGAGGAGAAACAGCACCAGACUUACAAUGUGACAAAAUCAGUCAACAAGUGGGGCCUGGAUCAGUGGCACAACCUGGAAAAGGGAGGAAAUCCAAGCUGGAUAAGCUCCGUGAGCUGGGAAUAGACCUGUCCAUCAAGCCAAGGAUCUGCUCUGGCAAUGAAGCCUUUAUAAACCUCGAUGAGUCUGAUGCAAAUAAAGAACUGGAAGCCUUGAAAGCACGUUUCCUGAAGCACACUCUGAAAACAUCAAAAGCCAAAGCUGAACGGACCAUAAACAUGAACAUUAUCCGUAAGGAGACUACAUCUGAAGGGAAGGAGGAGCUGAAAGCAGAUGUGGUACCAGCAGUGUUGGCUGCAGAGAGCCUGGAGGAAGCAGUCCACACAAAGCCAGGGGAGAAGCUGCAGGUGCUGAAGGCCAGGCUGCAGGAGGCCAUGAAGCUCCGCAGGACCGAGGAGCGGCAGAAGCGGCAGGCGCUCUUUAAACUGGACAACGAGGACGUGGAGGAGGAAGAGGAGGAGGAGGAGGAAGAGAUGACAGAUGAAUCUGAGGAAGAGGAAGAAGGCGAUCUCGAGAAUGCAGGAUUUCUGCUUGGCGAAGCAGAGGAGGAGGAGGAUGAAGAUCCAGAAGAGAAACAUGUUGAAGAUGGUGGUAAAGAAACCGACAAAGAAUCUGUGGAUGAAGAAAAGCUGGAGAAAUCUGUGCACUGUGAUUCUGUUCCCAAACCACUUUCCACAGAGUCUACACUGAUGCUUUUUAAGGACAGCUGCUCAAAAAUGGGAUAUUCUCUUCCUGAUGAGAAACUUGAAAUAGAAGAAGCUGCAGACAAAGGACCUACCAAGUUAGAGGAUGAGGAUUCCUUCUCCUUGCCAACACUGGGGAAGGAGAACAGCCACAACAGCAGCUUUGAGCUGAUUGGCUCCAUGAUCCCCUCAUAUCAGCCCUGCAACAAACAGGCCUCACGUGGAGGGAACUUAUCUGCAGCAGGAGACUUCAGGUCACCUUCCCCAGGUUUUUUCAAAACAAGCUUUAUCAGCUCUGCUUCCAAGAGCUCUGGAAAGAUUUCUGAGCCUUCUCUUCCCAUAGAAGAUUCCCAGGACAUGUACAAUGCCUCUCCUGAGCCUAAGAGUUUAUUCCCAGGUGCUGGGGAGUCACAGUUUCGAUUUUCUCUGGAAGAUGACACUCAGAGCCAGCUGCUUGAUGCAGAUGGGUUCUUGAACGUUGGACAGCACAGGAAUAAAUACCAGUCCUCAAAGCAUCAGCUGUCCCUGGCCAGCAUGGAUGAGAACGCCAUGGACGCCAACAUGGGCGAGUUACUGGACCUGUGUUCUGGGCAGUUCAGCAGCCAGGCUGGAAGUGUUCCAAAUCCCAGCAGCAGCAAAAAGCAGAACAUGGAAGAAUUGCUCAAUCUUUGCUCAGGAAAAUUCGUAUCUCAGAGUUCUCCAACAUGGGCAUCUUCAUCUUCCAAAGCAGAAAAAGACAGUGACAUGGAAGAUCCAAUGGCAGAGGCUCUAGCACUGUGUUCAGGCUCCUUUCCCACAGACAG